AUGGGGGGCCUAAAGAAUAUUAAAAUUGGAUUUUUAAACCCUGGCUCGCUUAGUACACACCACGAAGAAUUUUUAGUUGCCUUGGAACGUCACAACGUUGACAUUUUGGCCCUUAAUGAGACAUGGCUUCGAAGUGGAGAGGAGGGGCGGGCACCGAAGGUCGCGGGUUAUCGCCUGUGCCAUUUACCCAGACCGGAAGCAGUACGUUCGCGUGGCGGCGGUGUAGGAUUUUAUGUCAGACGUGGCUUGUCUACACAGUUUCCUAAACAUCCAAAUGAAACUAGGGUUGAACAAAUGUGGCUUAGGACUCGGCAUAGUAAUAAAACCAUUAUAAUUGGCACAGCUUACAGACCACCUUGGUUAAACGUGCAAGACUUCCUGGACGCUUUAACCGAAUCGAUUGCGUCUUUACCCAUUGCUCAAAGCCAAUAUGAACUGAAGGAACAAUUGAAGGAAUUAGAACUUCCUCACAACCUUAUCGUGGGUUAUCAAAUGGCAGGCGUUCAGUUGAUUGCUAAAUAUCCAAGAUUAGAACUAACCGCACUUUGA